UAGAAUGGGAAUAUAUAGUAUUUAUUUAAGUAACUGCACAGUUUCAACACUGUCUCAUUUUCAUACACUGGGUGAAGUCAUGUGUUACAUGCUGUCAGCUCACUGUUUAAUUAAGAUCUAGGCUGAAAUGUCAAGUAGACAUUGGGCUACAUGUAUCUCACAACCGUGACAUAUGACAUGGUUUCAUGUCAACUGUAUAUUCAGCGUGUCGGAAUGAGGCAGUUAAUUUUUAGUUUCCAAGUAUUUUUGCACCUUAUUUUGGCACCUCGUGCCUGUGAUUUCUUCCCCCACAACACAUUUACACUCAUCACUACCUCACUCCUCAUUCCCUCCUCUUGUCAUCUUUCUUUUUGCCCCCCUGUCUAUAAUUGGAUUCUAUUUUCAGGCUGCUAUAAGUGUCUGUGUCUCCUGUGUUUGUGUCUCACACCCCAUUUUCUGUCUCUCCUCCAUCGUCACUCUGUGUUCUUAUCAUUCCCAUCACUCUGUCCAUCGUUCUGUUGCUGCCACUCCUCACUGCUUUUCUUCUGUUUUGCCCACAACGGUUUCAUUUCUGCUAAGCCUUCCAUUACCCAUUCUAUCCUUUUAUUUGUGACAGUUAAAUGUGAUGGAUAGCACACUGAAAGCCUUAUUGCAAAAUUGUAUUAGGUGCAGUAAUGCAAAGCAGAGCAAACUGCACCUAAGUGAUGUGAAUAGCUCUCAUGACCUAAUUCUGGUAGUCUAGGUUACACAGCAUUAAGAGCGAGAGGAGAAUAUGUUUAGGGAGUAGAGAAUAUGUUUAAAAAAUAAUUAAGGAUUAAUGUAGAGACCACGAUUAAUAGAAAUAAUGUGAAAUAUGUGUAUGUUGACAUGAGAACCAAAAAGCUAAUGAGACAAUUAAACAGCAUUUAUUAGGGGGUGGAGUGGAAAAUGACUGACAGAGGGAGGGAGUCAUACUGUCGGACUUGGUUGGCUGGUGGGAUGUCUCUAGAGGUGCAGUAUGUAUUUAAAAGACGAAAAAGACUUGGAGUGAAAGGAGGAGAGACGAUCAGACAUGGGAAAAGUUAGUUGACGAGUGAAGAAAAUGGGGAUCUCUCAUCACACCAAGAGACCCUCAUCGGGAAGACUGGGAGGCUGCAGAACUUCAAUCCACACGUUCAGACGCAGUCAGGUGGCGCGUAACCGCUCCAGUCAGACGGCGCACAUCCGACCACUGGCCGCGCGGAACACACCCCCACGCAGACCGCACACACAGACGCGCAAGGUGCACACACACAGGGCGAGCUCGCAGUCUGCACGCUGCUGCCCGACGCAGCACCAUGAGCACUACACUGCCCACAGCAACCACUCAAGCUGCACCAUCUACUGCUAUUUCUGCUACUGCUGUUACUGCUGCUGCCUCAUGUUGCUCUCUUUCUCUCUCCUUCUCUUCCUCUCACCUACUCCCAAUGCUCCUCCCUCUGCUUCGUUCUCCUCUCUUUCCUCAAAUGUCCCCUCUCCACCUUUGUCCCCCUGUCUCCCGCGAUCAUCCACUUCCUGUUUGGAUGAACUUUCCCGUAUGUGUCCUGAUACCAACCUGACCUCCUCCUACUGUCCUGUGCCACCUUGUCUUAUCUCUCACUCUUUCUCCCUCGUCUACUUUUCAUCUCCUGUUCACACCACUUCUGACCAACUUACCUCCUCUUGCCAUGAUCACUCUCCUGCAUCCUUCUCCUCUUCCCCUUCUGUGGCCUCUGACUCUUUCUUCACUCGUCCUCUCCUCUGCCGGUCAUGGCCUAUAUCACGCUCUCUUUCCUCCCUGCUCCUCUGCCCUCCCAGCUUUGGGGAUCAGGUCUUAUCCUAUGCAUCCACUCUGGAUCACAUCCCUUCUGGGCCGGCCCGGCCUCGGACGCUCUUGCGCCAGCAGAGCCUUCAGCAGCCUCUCAUCCACUCAUCAGGCCCUGGUCUUAGCCACCCUCCCACCACUUCCCAGAGCUUGGGACAGUUACACACUGCACCUGGACAACCUGGGGGAGGAGGGGGUGCUGGGAGAGGAGAGGGAGGUGGCAGCAGUGGUGAAGGUGGGGGUGCAAGUACACGAGGUGGUCCCCGGGGUGCACGGGGUAGCCCAGCAGGAGCAGGUGCCUCUCGCUAUAGGGGAGGCGGAGCAGCAGGACGCUCACGGGCCAAUCCCGGCAGCUGGGAUUACAUGAUGGACCAGAUGCGAAAUCGUGGCCUGGAUGUCAAGUCCUUCAUUGAAGGGAAGAUGGUGGUCCUGGCUUUGGCCAUAGGUGUGGCUGAGCAAGAUGACUUUGCCAAUAUCCCUGACCUGCAGGAAACAACGCAGGCAGCACCACCAGCCAGUCAGGAGCCCCCACCUGAGAAGAGGGGCAACAAACCAGCUAACAGCCCUAAAGGCCGACCCCCUGAUGCUGACGGUCACUCCUCCGUAACUGACCUUGCCAAUUCUCUCACUGGAGACAUGGUGAUGCUGUCUCCGGGCUCGGAGGAUGAUGACGGUGAAGGGCCUAUCAGUGAGAAGCUAGGACGGAUUCAGUUCAGCAUAGGUUACAGCUUCCAGAACACAACUCUCACCGUCAAAGUUCUCCGUGGUCAGGAGCUGCCAGCCAAAGACUUCUCUGGCACCUCUGACCCGUUUGUCAAGAUCUACCUGCUGCCUGACAAGAAGCACAAGCUGGAAACCAAGAUCAAGAGGAAAAACCUCAACCCCUACUGGAAUGAGACUUUCCUCUUUGAAGGCUUCCCUUACGAGAAGGUGAGAGAGCGCACCCUCUACCUUCAGGUGUUGGACUAUGACCGCUUCAGCAGGAAUGACCCCAUUGGAGAGGUUUCAAUCCCCCUUAAUAAGGUGGAACUGGGCCAGAUAAAGACCUUCUGGAAGGAGCUCAAGCCCUGCAGUGAUGGCAGUGGGAGACGAGGAGACCUACUAGUGUCUCUCUGCUAUAAUCCCACUGCCAACACCAUCACUGUGAACAUCAUCAAAGCACGUAAUCUCAAAGCCAUGGAUAUCGGUGGCACCUCAGAUCCAUAUGUGAAGGUGUGGCUGAUGCACAAGGACAAGCGUGUAGAGAAGAAGAAGACAGUGGUGAUGAAGUGCUGCCUGAACCCCAUCUUCAACGAGUCCUUCCCUUUCGAUGUACCUGCCCAUGUGCUGAGGGAGACCACCAUCAUCAUCACUGUCAUGGACAAGGACAGGCUCAGCCGCAAUGACGUUAUUGGCAAGAUCUACCUAUCAUGGAAGAGUGGACCCGCUGAGGUGAAGCACUGGAAAGACAUGCUCGCUCGGCCACGUACCAACGUCGCCCAGUGGCACGCUCUCAAGGCCUGAUCGCGCCGCCCAGCUUCCUCCAUGGCCACUUCCUGUCUCCUCCCCC